UCAGUGACAUCGUCGCGAUAUUCGUCUACUGCUAUGUAGCGAGACUUGCGGCCUUUUAUUGGCAGUUUGCCGUUUUGCACCAAUCCUUAAUUGCCUUAUCCGCGUUCCGGUUUGCAAGGGGUUUGGUGUCUGGCAAAACAUAUUUUGACCUCAUAUUAAGGGACUAGGGAAGUUACUCAGCGCUUACGAAUGUUUUAAAUUCAAAGUUACAGUAAGCCAAAGGGUAGAUGAGGUUCUCAAGUGUAUCCAGGUCAUGCGAGUACUCCUCAAGGAGUACUUUGAAAAUCAACAGCGAAAGAACAGUCACUUCCUUCUGCCUAACGAGUUCCUUUUGCCUUAGGCUACAUGUUAUCUCACACACUCAGUGCUUGUUGAUCUGUUUCUUUAUCAAAAUUUAAUCCAGCCGUAUAUAUUUCACACACCGGGAGAAUUCAAACUCUAUGUUGCGUUCACUUCUGCCCUCCCCUCCACCACCAUAUCUUACAGAUCUGGCCAAGAUACCGGUGCUACUUUCACUUGCUGGAGGAAACGACCUCGAAUGGCGACUAAGCGCGUUGCGACAACUGGAUUUUUCCGUCUCUUCCGGCGUUGUUCUUGACGGUUUCUUCCUUACACACGAACAUACUGUACCUGCGAAUCGGAGAACAAUUGGUUCAGCUGACGAAAUCAGCUUCCCUUCGAAGACUGUCUUCGAAUUAUUACCUGAAAUUUGCAAGCACUUACCUACACACCUUCCCCGUUUUCUGACUGGCAUUUGGCAGCCCUAUGAUAUCGCAAUGGCUGUCAAGUUUGGCGUCGAUUUGUUCGAUGGUAGUUUUCCUUAUCGUCUAUCCAGGAGUGCAGUGGCCUGGAUUUAUCCUGGUUGGAUAAGUAAAUCUCAACAUUCAACUGAUGAGCACUUCAUCGUGUUUCCCUUGGCUGACGUUUUACCCAAUGGCGCUUCACUCCACACACCAAUCCAACCCGGCUGUGAGUGCAGCGCGUGUGCGCGGUACACGCGACUCUACAUUUCUCACCUGCACAUCACGAGAGAAAUACUGGGAGCAAUGCUGUUGAUGAUACACAACUCUCAUCAAUUCUAUCGAUUUUUUGAAGAUAUACGCCUCGCUGCUGAAAGAGAUCGGAUGGAUGAGUUCAUCCUUUUCUCCAAGUCACUUUGUAUACCAUACAAACUUCUUACCGUUGAUAGAACCAGACUGAUUACUUCCAAUUAACCUAAAUCUGAAGAAAAUUUUUCAAAGUCAGCAGAUUGUGUGACUUGUCAUCUGUGAGGUUUUCUACUAUAUAAAAAUAGUUGUCUUUAGUUGUGUUUUCGAUGCAAACCGGAGGGAUUUUAAUGGUUGUAUAUGCAGUCAAUGCAGCG